CCCGCACUGUGGGCCGCACGCUCGUCGUUGCCGCCGUGUGUCGCUAUUUUCGCGGCGACAUUCGGACCGCGCCCGGGCCGCGAUUGUUUGCGGGGUGUGGUCUUGUGUUGCUGUGCUGUGCGAAAGCUAAUGCGGUGAGUUGUGCGGAGAAUGCACCCCGUGAGACCCGUAGGGCUCCGGCCGGUGCGUUCGGGCUGCUAGCGGCCGCGGCAUGGCGCGCCGCGCCGCCCGCGCCCGCGCCUCCUCACUCGAACCAUGAGCGACCUGCAGGCCACCUUCGAGUUCUCCGUGGAACUUUACAAGUUCUACAAUGUCGAUCUCUUUCAGAGAGGACUAUACCAAGUACGUGUGGGACUACGCGUGUCACCUAAGGUACCGGUACACAUCGAGGCGACGGUGUCGAGCGGUAAUGGCGCCGCAAGGACCGGCAGGCCUGCUGCUAAUGCAUCUCUCAUCGGAGGCCUCGCUGCUUCUCGAGCCUUCCAGAUUAUGUAUAGAAAUGAAGAGGUCACAUUGAGAGACAUCGUGCAUUUUAGAGCGCAUCUACUAGUUGAUAGCCGUAACCUAAAGGAGUCUUUGGAAAGGGCGGAAUGGAGUCUCGGCGUAGAGUUGUGGUGCAGCGAGGGUGCACAAUCGAAUACACUCUCGCCUGUAUCCUGUCGCGUCUUGAAGCUGCAUUUUCAGCCUUCCCAGGGCUUGCACUACCACCUACCAGUGCUGUUCGACUACUUCCACUUAUCCGCGGUUUCCGUUACUAUCCACGCCAGUUUAGUAGCUCUACAUCAGCCUUAUAUCAAGAAAAGCAUCAUGCAUUACGUACAAAGCUGCACCCCUCGUUCUAGCAAACAAUGGGGGAAAUUGAUGAAAAGUGCAGGAUCUAACUUUAACGCUUCGGGAAGCUUAGAGAACAUUCUUUUCGGAUCCAGCGGCAAGUGUGCCGGCGGAAACUCUAGCAAAAUAGCACAUGCCAGACAAGUUCAUGCUGAGGUUUGCGGUAUUCUGCUUGGGUCGCUUGAAGGUUUGCAGAGCGCAUUGAGUGUAUGUGGUUCAACCGGAGUAUUGCUGACUCCUGAAGAAUCGUCAUCUAAUUCUAUUGUUGGUGAAGUUGCGCAGAGAAUAAAAGACUUAAGUGAUUUAGGCAAGAAAUCUGAAGCUGGUGAAGAAGAAGAAUGGGCCAUGGGAGCUGCACACGACAUCGCAAGACUCUGUGCAGAGGUGACGCUCAGAUGGCGCGCUUUUUUGCAUCACACUUCCGACCGGCCGCACGUGCACCACGCCCUCGCCGCAAGACAUCAUGCAUUAAGAAUCAAACGAUUCUCAGAAUGCUUCUUCGUGCUAGACAACCCUCGGCAUUCGCUUGCUGGUUGCUAUGACAGCAACUAUCAGUCGUAUCAAAGUGUGGGAGAAGCGGUUAGACGAUCACGCUACCUCGCGUUACUGCCUCCGCUACCCGUACACUGCAUAGCGCUUGAUGGUGACCCGCAUAUCAUGCCUAUCAUAUUUGAAGACAGGUAUCAAGACACCGCUGAAUUUGCUAGAAGACGUUCAUUUUUGAAUUCUAGCGCAAACAAGUCUGGUAGUGAUCCCUUCCUAUGUUCGGAAGCAACUGGAGAAGACUGUGCUUGCAGUAUUAGUUCAAUGAUGGACUCUAGAAGACCUUCAUCAGAAGCUUCGAGAGUAACCCUUACACUACCCAAAACUAUAAUAGAUGUGCUUGAGCCUCAGUUCAAUAGCCCUAAAGCAAGUACAAGUGUAGUGCAAGCAACAUUAACUUUAGCCCCUCAGAAAUCCGCUAGAGGUUCACCAAAGCGAACUUUGGUUAAACAAAACGUUGUGGAAAUGAGCAAACCGCAUAACAAGCAAUUAGAAUUAACAGGAAGAAACAGGUAUAUUGUACAGAAUAAUCAAAUAAGUGAAAUUCAAUUGCCGCCUAACAAUGUGUUUGCUUCAUGCCCGAUUCAGCAAGGCCAACAAAUGUCUAGAUACUCAGCUUCAACAUUAUUGGACAUAAAUGCUACAAAAAGCAAUGUAAAUGUUUCCCAGCUAGGCAAAGACAGAUCCGAUCCAGAUCAAGUUUUUGUUCAAAAGCAUGAAAUAACAAGUGGUGUCAGCACCCUGCCAGCAAGGCAUAGCAAAUCUUUAGACCAAUUAAGAGUUUCUCAAAUGGCACCUUUAAGUGUACAACCAUUAACAAAGAAUGUUAAAAAUAGUUCUAAUGUAUCAGUUAAUUAUCAAAAGACGUACAAACCGCCGCAACCUAUAAAACCCACAACUCUUCCUAGAAGUGUUACUACUACAUCUUAUCCAACUAGCACGACGACGCGUUGUGGAUCUAAAGGUGAUGACUACAGGAGAAAUAUAAAUGAAUUUAGAGAAAAAUAUAAGAAUCCUUGUAACUCUAAUGUUCAUGGAAACAAUGACGUGUUUCAUGACGUAGGAUUUAAGUACGACGGUACAAUUAAAGGAAAUGCUAACCAAAUAUAUGGUUACGCUUUCGGUAAUCAGGGUAAUAUGCCAGCGAAUAACGUUAUUCGCAAUCCAUUAGAAUUUCAAAGAGGUUAUAGUGUAAAUUUGCCCCGUCCUAUGUUGCCUCCUCGUAAUUCUUAUCCUCCAGUUAGUGGAAAAACACAAGGGACUGAUCAAAGUAACUUAGUUUCUAAUAAACACGUUCAUAGAUCUAACUCUACACAUGUUUUUCAACAAAAUAUGAAUGAUAGCCAACAGAUGGAUAUUGAAGCAACCCGUAAUCAAUUGAGACACGAGCUAAACUAUUAUCUACAGAAAGGUGACUGGAGUUAUGACUUUAAUACUGGUAGUUUAAUACAAAACUACCAGAAGAAAUCUAGCAAGAGUAGUGAUGAUAGUGGGUUUGUAAUGACUUUAGAUAGAAGUAGUGAUGGAACAUCGAAGUCAACUUAUUCAAAAACACCUCCAUCGACACCUCAUUCUAGUUUGCCUUCCGUGAGGCAUAAGAAGAGUCGAUCUAAAGAGUCUAAACUUAACUCGAAUGGUAAAGAAAGCACUAAAAUGAAUUCAAGUCGAGAUUCAUUGAGCAGUCAUCAUUCAAUUAAAUCAAGGGAUAGUAAGACCGAUCGGCAGACACCAAAAUCAGACCGUAGUACACCUAAAUCGGAGAGAAGUACCCCAAAGUCAGGCAAGGGAACUCCAAAGUCCGGUGGUAUAACUCCAAGAUCUGGGCUUGCAACUCCAAAGUCAGGUAGAGCUACCCCUAAAUCAGGAGGAGCUACGCCUAAAAGUGGAAGAUCUAGUGGAAAACCAGAAAAGCGUUCCAAACAUAAAGCAUCGGAAAAAAUGUCUCAGCUUAUGUCAGAAGCUGCUUCUUCUUCUAGUAAUGAAAGCAUACCGUUUGAGCUUAAAAGAUUAGAAUCAUCAACAAGCGUUCCAUAUAGUUUGGAUCAUGGAUCGGAAUUAAGACAUUGUAGAAGUGCUGCAUCUAUUAUAGAGGAGCAUAAUCUAAAUACUACAUUCGGAUCUGAGUCAUUGCCAAAUUUAGCCCCACCACCGGCUUUUGAAUCUCCUCCAUUAGAUAUUACUGAUAAAGAUUUUAAAAUUUUGCCACCGGAUAGUUUUCUUAAUAAAGAAGAUAAACUAAGUAGAAGUUCUACGUCAAGUUUGAGUGAACAAAGUGGCUGGGUUUCGAGUGGUAGGAGUUCAGGUCCAUCUUCGCCAGAUAAUGGUAGUUGUCAAUUGAAUCAAAAUUACCCUCCUGCGAGUAGCGCAAGUGUUUCGAAAAUUCCUGAUAAAAAAUACGAUAAUACUGACGAAACAAGAAAAAAACAGGGUGAAAAAAUAAGUGAUUUCAAAAGAACCAUUCUUAAUGGUGAGCAACUUCGUGAGCGUUUACUUAAACUUGCAGUAAAAGCUGUUCAAAGUAGUUCAACUGAAAAGAUUGAAUGCUGUGAUAAGGAAGUUUGUGAAGAAUGUACAAUUUGUAGCGAUUCUAUUUGUACGGACAGCCAAUGUGAAUAUAAUAAGAUGAUGCACAAUGAAGGAAUUGAUGCAGGUUGUAAUUCCGAUACUUGUACAGCAAGUUGCUAUCAAUAUUCUGAUUCUAAUGUUGGUAAAAUAAAUCAAAGACAUAAUUCAUUUAGUGCCAUUCAGGGAAAUACAUAUAGUUCCAUAGUUAAAAGUUCUAAUGAAGGAACUGUUAAAAAGUCUCAAACAGUCAGCGAUAACUUACAUCCUUAUAUUCGAAAAGAAAUAGCAACGAAGGUUGAAAAGCCUGCGCAACCUGCUACUGCUGAAAAGUCAAAUUCAAUGAAUAAAGUUAAACUUAGAGAUAGGAUAGAAUAUACGGAAAAACUAAUAGCUGCAGAAAUUCUAAGCCUGACAGUAGAUCGCUCUUGUAAAAGUCAUAAAACCAGCGGUGGUCCCGCCAUAGCUGCUCAAAAAUACCAUGGAAAAGCAAAAUCAGAAAUAGACUUAAGCCAUUUCAGUGGUGAGAAUGAUUACGAACACUUGCCGCCACCACAACAGUUUAGAGAUGCUCCACCACCACCUGACGAAUUUAAGGAUCCACCGUCAAAGUCCCCGUUGCAGAGCCGACAAAGUAGUAAAUCUUCGACUCCCUCAAAAAGUAGAAAAACUGGACAACCUACAACACUGCAACUAGAUAAUCCUUUAUAUCACGUUUGCGAAGGAAUUUUAGAAAGGCGAAAGUUAAGACCCCACCAAUCCAUGAAUGCCACUGCCACACCUUCGGCUAGUACACUAAAUAAAAGUCAAAGUACUGGUGAAUUAGCUAGCAGAAAUGAAAAUGGUAAAGAACAACGACAAAGCAAUUUUAUUAGCAUAUUUGGCUUAGCAGAAUCGGAACGACUGUUUGUAAAAUGUAGAGAAGAAUUUCGACAAAGUGUCAAGUAUCCAGGAGCAAUAUAUUCUGACUUUCCUCCAGUUGAAAACUCUUUGCCCUAUUUCCAUAUAAGCGAUGAAUAUAGAAUGUUUAAUCCGGAAGGUCUUCAUCUCAUUAUAUGCGUUCAUGGAUUGGAUGGUAACGCCGCUGAUUUACGCUUGGUCAAAACAUACUUGGAAUUAGGCUUACCAGGAGCCAGAUUAGAUUUCCUCAUGUCUGAAAGAAAUCAAGGAGAUACUUUCUCGGAUUUUGACACUAUGACGGACAGGUUGGUCCAAGAAAUUAUGACUCAUAUACAAAAUUCAAGUGACCCAGCUAGGAUAAGUUUCGUGGGACAUUCCCUGGGCACUAUCAUUAUAAGAUCGGCGUUAGCGAGGCCACAAAUGAAACCAUUCUUGGGGAAAUUACACACUUUCCUCUCGCUUAGUGGACCACAUUUAGGGACACUGUAUAAUUCCAGCGGGCUUGUUAAUGCAGGCAUGUGGUUCAUGCAAAAGUGGAAGAAAUCUGGCUCUUUGCUUCAGCUUUCUCUCCGUGAUGCUUCUGAUCCUAGACGAUCUUUCCUGUACCGUCUGAGCGAACGUAGUCAACUGCAUCAGUUCAAACACAUUUUGUUGUGUGGUUCAGGACAGGACAGAUACGUACCAUUGCACUCAGCGAGGCUAGAACUUUGUAAAGCAGCUGCUAAAGACACGUCGUUAUUAGGACAGGCUUACAGGGAAAUGGUACAUAACAUGGUGUCUCCGCUAGCGGCUCGAGCUUCGUCUGUGUCCGUAGUGCGCUAUGACGUGCAACACGCUCUCCCGCACACGGCCAGCGCACUAGUUGGUCGCGCGGCGCACAUCGCCGCAUUAGAUUCUGACCUCUUCAUUGAAAAAUUCCUUCUUGUCUCUGCUCUUAAGUAUUUCCGAUGAAGAUCAUAAAUUGAAAUCAACAUUGACACUAUCUUGUCACAAUAUGAUAUCGAACAUAUGCUUAUAAAAUCCGAAUUCAUUCGUAAAAUAGUAUUUGUGGCAUCUUGAAAUACGUUGUUGGUUGUACAAUUAGCUGUUUAAUUUUCAAUACUACAAGAAUACGUUAAAAUUACGAUGAAAAACGACGUUCAAACUUUUUUUUUUCAAACUCUUUCAAUUUACAAUAAUUGGCACACACAUUUUUCGUUUAGUUGAAAAUUUGAAGAAAAUUUUUUAGUUCCCCCACUGUAGUAAAACAACCGGCGCAACAUAUCCUUGUCUUUUCAUAAAAGUUCCUCUGCUUCGAUACUUCCAAUGAUUCACAGUACGAAUUUCGCUGAAAUUAACUAAGUGUUUUAAUUUUACUUGUAAAAAAUAUAAUGAAUAGAUACAAAUGUGGAGUCAUCAUUAAAUUUAUAAAAUUUAAGUAAAUAUUAAUUACUUGCCUCCGAAUCAAAAUCAAUCACAUAAAUCAUACUGUUCAGGCAUUCGCAUUUCACCAGCAUUUAUUUAAAAGAAAUUAAGGAACAUUACACACUUUAUAAAUUUCAAAAAACAGCACGUUUUCAACAUUUCGUACUUACAUAAUAUAAUCAGCCUAUAAUCACGAUAUUAUAACUUGCACGUUAACUUAUACUAUCUACUAUAUAUCUAUGAUAAAUCGAAUUGAUCUCCUGUUUUAAAACGCUUAUGUACUGGUAUGAUUACUUGUAAUUGGUAAAAGUGUGAUAUAAAAGUUCGUGCUGUUGCAGCGAUUUAUAAACUAUACAGAAAAAAUAAUUGCAAUUUUAAUUAUUAUACUAGGUUAAGACGGAUCUUUACACCAAAUAAUUAAGACUUUCGAUUUAGCAAAUGUAGAUAAAGUAGAUGUUAUUUGUAUUAGAAAUUUACUGAUUGUUGUAUAUGAACACUGAACAGUGCCAUCGUAAAAUGUUAUGUGUGCUUCUGGAAUGCUAAGCCCGCAAACUUAACUUGUUUCGGUUUUUCUGUUUCACGUUUUAUUCUUAAUUAUGCUUAUGAAAUAAUGGAAAUGAAUAUAAUUAAUUUUAAAAUAGUAUGAAAACCUCAUAAUCGUAAUUUCCAUACAGAUUCAAAAUACAAGCGUCUUUUUUGUUUUAGAUAGAAUUACUAUCAUAAUUAUUGUUCCUACAUCAAUUUAUGAAAACAAUUAUUACAAAACAUCUUAUCCAAAACCAUUGAUUUUUUUUUUUCAUUAGCUAAAAUUAUUUAUUAUAUUUGAAUUAUAUUCACAUAAUAAUAACUUAGAUGCUUAUAUGUUAUAGCUUUGCACAAACAGACACUGGGUUGUGUCAGUGAGAAUUAAGUUUUAAACUCGAAUGGAUUUUUUGGAAUUUUACGCACUUUUAUAAGUCAUUUUUUUAUCUAUUAAGCUAAUUUAACUUGAAAUAUGAAUUAAGAGAAUGAUCUGGCAGGGCCUUAUUACAAUAUAAGGACAGGCCGUAGCCUUAACUCAAAAGAAAAUUAGAAUAAAGGUGUAAAUUAUCGAAUGUUAGACUGAUCUUUAAAAAUAUAUGGUAUUGAUAAGUUUAAUAGAUUAUCUUUUGUUAUUUUUAGGUAUCAUGAUUUGAUAUAACUUGUUAACAUCUCGCUCUGUCCAAUUUUUUCUAUUUAUUAUCUGUAGGUAACAUUUUAUACAGGGGCUUAGAAAUUCUAGUCUUGAAUAUGAUUUUAAAUUUGUUGUAGGUUAGUACGACAACAACAUGGUCAGAAUACCUGAAUUACGUCUUAUAUAAAUAAGUUUCUAAUAUUAUAUUGAUUUAUUACAUAGUAUAAAUAAUAUUUAUAACGUUUAGUCUAUCAAUUUCAUAGAUGUUUUGAAUGUGUUGUUGUUGCACAUAAAUCAAUAGUUUAUCAUAGAGUAAUACCUCAAUAUUGCUCAGGAGCAUGCUUAAAAUAAUUUAAUCAUCUAAUAUGUAGAUUUAUCAGAAUGAGAGUAAAUUUUGUAAAUAAAAAACUUAAUUUUAUUUGUAAAAUACAUUCGUAUGUUGAAUGGCAAUGUGUCGAUGUUAUACAAUUACAUUAAAAUAAAUAAAUGAUGCUAAAACCUCA